AUGGGAGUUCGACAUCUACAAACGUUUAUGGAUAGGAAAGUAAGGAAUGGCACGUACACGGUUCGAAUGGAUCGGGAAAUUAGGAAUGCGAAGAAUAUCACCGAGAAACCUUUGGUAGUGAUCGACCUUAUGGCUAUGUUUGGUUUAUUUUGCUCCGACGUACGUGGUCUGCUGUGCGGUACACAGGUAAGACUAGUGGAGCGUUUGGUCGGUAUGUUUUUCGAGCGCCUGACCGAUGCGGGCGCCGAUCUGGUAUUUUUCUACGAUGGACAGCUGCAAAUGAACAAGUAUGAUACUUGGAUCACUCGUCAAAAUAACAAGUACGAGCUUAUGAUCGAAAUUCUGAACGCAAUCGAUGCACGUGAGCCGUUGGAGAAGGUAGCAGCAAAGUAUGAGAAAACCAUUCCAACCAAUACUUGCCUUAAGCUACGUCGAGUUGCUAAGCGGUACGGUAAGGUAAUCGUUUCGACCCAGUUGGAGUGUGAUCAGGCGUUAGCUAUUUACGCAACAAAACAUAACGCAUUAGCGGUUAUAACGCAUGAUACGGAUUUUUUGAUCUUCGCGGGAAAGUGGCAACUCUGGCAUGCGAACCGGAUUAAUCCAACUACUUUAGUUGCACAAGCGUUCAACAGGCAGGCGCUAUUGCAAACGCUUGGUUUGCAAUGGCAACAGAUGGCUGUAUGGGCUACAUUAGCUGGAAACGAUUUCUUCAAAUAUGACGAAUUGGAACCCUUCUUGAAUGAUCUUGGUCCGCAUCAUCAGAAGUUUACGAAACUGGCGGAGUAUGUGCGCAGGCUGCCGAUAACGAAGCAGCUGGAUGCUGGAACGGUACAAUCUAUUCUGGAACGGGUGUACAAGAACAGACGUCUACCAGAGGAGGCUUUCGAAUGGUUUCAGCAAAGUGUAGCUUUUUAUCAAAUCGAACCUCCGAGCGCAGCCACGCAAAUAGAUGAAGAUCAAUUUUAUUUUUUGCUGCAAGUAGAACAGGAAUUUGCGCACACGGUAUUAACGGGAGCACCGUUCAAUUGUACUCUCUUUUUCUUUGACUACCGCUCGACGGAGUUUGGAAAUUACUUUGAGAUUAUCGAACCGCUCAUUGCACGUAUUGGGGGCAUCUUGUUAUACCACCGUCAGCAGGAACGACAACAUAUAACGGUGGUUGCAAAGCGAAACCAUCACGAAUCGCUCAGCUUCUUUACCGUGCCUCUCAUAUUGCCGAGUACCCUUACGCCUCCUCAAGUAAAGGAUCUAAUAUCAACGGACGCAGAUUUGAAGAUCUCUCUACUGCAACGCAAACUGCAGCUACUGCGUUGGGUUUGUUCGGAUGAUUUAAUAGACCACGAGGAAUUAAAUUCUAUCCCUUCGUCGUUUUUGCUAACUGUGUUGGUGCUGUACAGGCUGCGUCAAUAUGGAGCAAUACGUAUGUUUGAAGCAGAUUUGCUUCUUCUGAUUGCACAUCAGGUUACGAUGGAGCUGUUUGAUCCAGCGGAAGAACCGUACCCGAAACGGUUGAUAUCCCGUGCCUUUCGAUUAGCGUUUCUAUUUCAGAAAGUAUACUCACACUUCGAACGGAUUGCCGAAGCGCUGGGCCUGCCGGAAGAGUACCGUCCUACGGCACCGUUCGAUGGACUUCGAUUUCACAAUCACUACAGAGUGUGGACUAGUAUGCGCAUUGAGCCACAUCACAUUGAAACGAUCGCAGAUUGGCGUUUGUAUAAGCAUAUAAAAAAAUAA